AUGAGAUCGACUACCCUGAUGACUUUUCUAUUGACUACCAAUUCUGAAGUGCGGUCAGUGAAGUUGCUCGGAUCAUGGGACAAUUUCUCGAAAUCGUAUGCGAUGGAAAGGGACAGGCGUGCGGGACCCGGUCAUUGGAAAGGAUGUCAUACCUUCACUGAUAUCAUGGGGGACGGGCCUGACAAGAACCAAUGGCGCACGGGCGGACUGAAGAUGGGAGCCACAUAUUGGUACUACUAUUUGUUGAAUGAAGAUGUGGAGUCAUAUAGCCAGGCUGAGCCCGUCACUACUAAAUGUCCUCUCCUGCCGGGUCAGCCUCUCAACGUUCUGAACGUGCCUAUUAUCCUGCCGGACAGUCACUCCCAUAGUCGCUCUGCCAGUAGCAGCUCGCAGAAGGAAGACUACCGCACAAUGAACCCCGAAGACAAGUAUAUGAACCCGCGCAAGCCACCAAAGCCAAAUCUGGCCCGUCUUCAAACUUCUAUCCCAAAUCCCAAUCAAUCUUCAAAUCCCCCCAGCCUCUCACCUAGCGGGAGCUUCCUUCAUCGGAGUGCAUCUCAGCCGAACAGUGCCACCAGGAGGAAUGAGAAGUCGAAAGAGGGACGUUCCGCGUCUCCCCCGCGAGGUCUUGGUCUUCGCCAUGCUUUGACUCAAAAGCGACCAGGGCCUUCCCCGAGAGCGCAGGCGUUCAACGAAAGUCUGCGACAAAAGGCCCCUAUUAAUGAACGUCGCAAUAUCCCUGGUAUUUGUGUCGACUCUGGCGCAGUGUCUCCGUCGACCAGCCAUUCCGAUAAUUCUGCUCAGUCGAGCAUUCAGACCCGCCGUGCACUCAAGGCAAAGGCAGGAAACGCGUCCCAAGCUCGGAAUCUUCUCACCGUGGAGACUCGUCCUCAGCAUCGCAAGCCUGGCACUUACAAGGCUGCUGCAUCUGACUCUGGCUCUGGGUCAGCUGAUGGUGCGCGAACGAUGCAUGUCAGGAGCGGCUCUGACGACAUGACCCCCACCGGACCGGAUGUCAGUGAGAAGAGACUGCCUUCGCUCCCAAAUACGCCUUCUUCCGUAAUGGAUGAAGCCGUGCGUGCGAUCGACGAACGCGACAAGGCAUUAGAUGCAGCAGUGUUGCAUAGCCAUUUCUCCAGUAUGACUGCGGAUGACUUCACAAACUCCCGCUUCGUGGCCGAGCACAGCCGAUUCUCGGAAUGGAGCACCGACACGGAGGACGCCGAGGACACCUCCCCCGAGACGACGAUCUCGACUUCCUCGACAUUCCCCAUCGAGACCCACGAGUCCCAAGCCCCUGAGGAGUGGAAAACUCCCGAUCUCACAUCAAAUGACGCUGCAACCAAUACCGAUCCAAACACGCCCCACCUUACUGUACAUUCCAAGCCCUCAUCCCCCAACUCCGCAUCGGGCGACAUCCCCCCAUGGCUGCCCCAGCUCACUAUAUCAUCACCCCACCUCUCCGGCUCUGGUCUCGGAAUCGACCAAAUGGACGAAGUGGAAAGCAAUCCCAAGCGCCAUGCUGCGCUAUUCAGUGCACUGGAAUCCAUGCAAGCGCUUUCCCUUGCGCAGAGUCGCGAAGGAUCUCCAAUUCUUUUGUCAGAAAGCGACCGACGCGACUCUGGGACGUUUUCCCGGCGUAGUGAUGCCUCCUCGUUCCGUGGCAAAGCGACCAUGCAGGAGAUGAUGGAUGAACUCAGUUACCUGAAGAACAUGAUCCAGGCUGAGAUGGAUGGCGAACCUUUUUGA